ACACGAUUAAAAUUAUGGGGACAAAUGUUACAUUUUCGUUUUUAAAAAAUUAAAUUGAUAACAGAUAUUUUAAAAAUAUAAAUCGGUAACAACUGUCAUGGCGCAUGGUGACAGUAAACAAAUUUGAAGUUGGAUUGCCUUUAUAUUUUAUCGGCAUAUGCCUUUACAUUUAAACCCACUUUUUAAAUAGACAUUGUUUGAAAUAUUUUUGCUAAACAUAUAGAUCUAGAUCUAAUAACUUUGAUUUAUUCAAUCGAUAAAAACUAUUUUCCCAAGCAUGGACGAUAUUGAUGACUUGUUGGACGAAGUGGAAACAAAGUUUAUGAAUAAAAAAACAGCCUCACCAGAAAAUGUUCACUGUACUGAAAGUACAAAAGCUGUAAAAAUAUUGAAAAACAAACAAGAUAAAAAGGGUAAUCCACUUGAUGACCUUAUAGAUGACAUCCUUGAUAUUGAUGUGGACAAAAAUGAACUGCAUGUGUGUAAAGAUUUGAUACGGUCACCCCUUCCAAAUGAAGGAAAUAAAAACGAUCAUGCAAGAAGGUGUUUGCCUGUGUUCCUUGGUGGCAGCUCAGAUAGUAUAGGACUGGGUUCCAGUGCAAACAAGAGGUCAUGUGAUCAGCUGCGCUGUACAUCAUGUGACUUCCGGGUUUGUUUCUUUGAUAACCUAUCAUGGAGCAAGGACACAGAUUAUCUCUUUCUUCGAAACAAUGUCCCAGAUUUGCAAAAACUGAAGUCCAGGUUAAUCAGAAAAAAUGGAUGUAGGGCCUACUGCUGUCAGUGUACAUGGAGAAAUGUAACAGAGUGUGAGGAACUCAGUGACCCCAGCUUGAAAUGGGUGUGCGGCAAGCACUCAUGAUAUGGACAGCAGCUAUAGCCUGUCAACUGUGGUCAAACUUAAAUGACUUUGUUUUAACUUGCAGAACUACAGACUGCCUUAAAAAUUUUGAUAGAUGGAUCCUGUAAUAUUAAAUGUAGUGCAGUCAUAAUGUUUAACCACUUUUUACCAAAUGUUAGUUUCUCAUAUUUUAGGAUGUAUAUACAUACCAAAUUUAAAAAAAAAAAAUGUCCUCUUAUUUUAUAUAAUUCUUUUAACAAUUCUUGUUGGUUUGAGUUAAAAAAUAAAUAAGAGUGUAAUUAAUGUUGAUUGAAGCCAAUUUAAGAAACAGUGCAAUAAUUUAUUUUAAAAUAUGACAGCUAUAGAUAGCUGGAAUAGUUUAGCUUAAACUAGUUGGCAGUUUAAUGAAGCUAAUUUGUUGUCUUAGAUCUUUUUGUGGAACAUGAGAACAUGAAAUCAUCCGCAAAUGCAACUAAUUUGUAAACAUCUGUAAACUGAAUUUGAGUAUUGGACUUUUUGUGUUUAUUUCUAAUAGGUUAGUAAAAUUCCAUCCUGAAUUGUUUAAUUAUCAGCAAUAUGUGUUCUUUUUUAACCUUGCACUAUAAAUAGCUAUGGGUUUUGUACUAUAAAUAGCAAAAGGUUUGCCACUAUUGUCUAAGACAUCCCUUGAAUAUACAACCUGUGAGACUCAUAGUUUAGUGAUCUCAUUUCAUCAUUAUUCCAGGUAUUAAAAUAAAU